AUGUCCGUUCCAAGAGCAAUCCGCCAAGUAUUUCUCGCUAUCGAGCAAUCCGAAGGCGCAGGCGCUCGGGUGCGCCGUUCCAUCGGCGGCCGUCAGCUGCGCUCUCUCACUCCCUUCCUCAUGCUGGACCACUUCAGCAGCAGCGGAGCAGCAGGCUUCCCCGACCACCCGCACCGUGGCCAGGAAACUAUCACCUACUUGAUUUCCGGCGGUUUCGACCACGAAGAUUUCAACGGCAACAAGGGCACCCUCUCUCCAGGUGACCUGCAAUUCAUGACCGCGGGCCGCGGUAUCAUGCACUCCGAAAUGCCGCACGCUGGCAAGCUCAACACAGGUCUCCAGCUGUGGGUCGAUCUACCUCAGAGCCUCAAGAUGUGCGAGCCGCGCUACCGGGACCUCCGCGCCGCUGAGAUUCCUGUCGCCAAGGCUGAUGACGAUAAGGUUUCAGUGAAGGUCAUCUCGGGCGAGUCGUAUGGCGUUGAGUCGGUCCGUGAUUUGGCGUAUACCCCUGUUUGGCUAUUAGACGUCUCGAUCAAGCCUGGUGGUCGCAUUCUGCAGUCUCUGCCAAAAGGAUGGAACUCUUUUGCUUAUAUGUUGUCUGGUACUGCGACUUUUGGAUCGGGCGAAUCCUCUCAGGUUGUGGACCAGUUCCAUAAUGUUGUGUUUGAGCAGGAGGGUGACUUUGUUGAAGCUUCGGUUGCAGAAGAUGCGAAGGAGGAAGCAAGAUUCAUCAUCGUUUCAGGGCAGCCGCUGGACCAAAAAGUUGUGCAGUAUGGCCCUUUCGUUAUGAAUACUCAGGAGGAAGUCUACCAAGCCAUGCUUGAUUUCCAGACAGCGUCUAAUGGAUUUGAAAAUAUGCGCGGUUGGGAGAGCGAGAUCGGCAAACGAAGCCCAUAUUGA